AUGGAAGAGACUUGUCUGAAACAGCUGCACCCCUCCAACGGACCCCGGCCUCAUCGGUGCGACGUCUGCCACAGAUCCUUUCGAGAAAUUGCCACUUUGCACAAGCAUGAACAGUUGCAUAGAGCGGACAGGCCUUACACGUGCAACACCUGUGGCAAAUCUUUCUUGUGGUCAUCAAAUCUUAAAGUUCAUGAACGAGUUCAUACAGGUGAACGUCCCUAUAAGUGUAAGAUAUGUCACAGAUGCUUCACUCAGUCUAACGACCUGCGGCGACAUGAAAGGAAUGUUCACAUGAGAGGGAAAAUUUAUGGCUACAAACCAGCUGGCAGACAGGCCAGUCAGGUUAAUCUGGCUGCCUAUCAGGCAUUUGCCAUGCAGCAGAGGGCACUUCUGCAGCAAGCCUUGACCUAUGAGACUUAUCUGCAGAAGGCUGCCAUCAGUAAAGGUCAAAACACUCAGUUGUUUCAUCACACUCAGGGAGUAGAUGGGCCACAACCACAGGAACUCGGUUCCUCACCCAGAAGUCCACUCACAGUGGAGCAGGUAAACAGUAUGGAUCUACCUCACAAUCAGUCUGGCUCAGUUUCUUCAUUCGCUAACUUCAAAGCCAUGCCAAAACCACUGGAUGGUCUUCAGAAUAUGACUGUUGGAAGCAGACAUCUACCUCAAGCCCACCAGUCUCACAACAGUGAUAGCCAUUUACUACCUCAUACCAAGCUUCGGCUUUCUCAGGAAAUGAUCAACUUCCACCAUCAACAUCACAACAAUAAUAAUAAUAAUAUAACCAAAAGCAACAUCAACGGAUCAGCUACCUCAAGAUGCACACCCCCACCACAGCUUUCACCUCAGGAACUCUUUGACCAUGAGAAAGAUGUGGACCAAAGAAGCAAGCAGAUGAAUCAGCAUCAUUUCUGCAGAGAGGAUGAGCUCAGAGACUUCCACCAUGGCAGGGACAAGGAGAUGGAGACCCAGCAUAUGGAGAAUGGAUCUUCAAGUCAAGGUCCCAAAAGCAUGGAGCUUGAAAGGGGAAGCCAGCAGCAGGACCAUUCCAUCUCAUCCAACUACUCGCACCAGAACCCCAAAACCCAGAACCUGUCUUACGACAGAAUGGAGUCCCAGGCUUCUCUGCCGUCUUACAUGGAGACUAGUCAUGAUAAAUCAUAUCCGUGCGAUUCUGUCAUGGAUCUCAGCAUGAACAAGUCCUCCAACUCUCCGCCUCUAGCCUCAGGUAUCACCUCAUCCAGCACAGAAAAGGAGACUGUGGGGAUGACCACACUGCUGUCAAAGGCAGAGUCUGAAUCAGACACAGGAAAACGAGACGUCACCACGACUUCCACUACUCCACUAGCGGACAGUGGUGGCAUUCAUCACUGCCAGCACUGCAACAUCUUCUUCUAUGACUACACCAUGUUCCACUUGCAUGAGAGUCUGCACAUGCCGUACGAGAACCAUCCAUUUCGAUGUCCUUCGUGUGGUACCCAUUGCCAGGACAAAGUGGAGUUCAUGUUUCAUACAGUCUGGCACGUCAAGUAUCCCCAUACAAUCCCUAACUACACACCAUUCAGGGAAGGCUGUCUGUCAUCUCCAUGA